AUGGGUUCGUCAGGCAUUGACAUUAAGGUAUUCCGUGGUUCGAAAGAUAGCGGUAUCGUUGAGACAAGCAUUCCUCAGCCUGAUCUCAAAGGCGACGAAGCCCUUGUGAAAAUUACCCACAGCGGCCUCUGCGGUACAGAUCUGCACUAUCUCGAAGCUGACCUUGUCCUUGGACACGAGGGUGUGGGUAUUGUCCAAGAAAUUGGUCCUGGUGUCCGUCAUUUGAAAAAAGGCGACAGAGUCGGUUUUGGCUAUGUUCAUAGCACAUGCGGCCACUGCCUGGAAUGUUUCUCCGGUAAAGAGACCUAUUGCCCGGAGCGGGUCAUGUAUGGACUCGGCGACUUUGAAAAUGGCUCUUUCUCCUCCCACGCAGUGUGGAGCGAGUCUUUUCUCUUUCUGAUUCCUCCUGCGCUCCAGUCGGGCCACGCGGCGCCAUUGCAAUGCGGCGGUGCUACCGUCUUCAACGCGCUCGAAGGCUAUGACACCCGCCCAACAGAACGUGUCGGAAUCAUAGGCAUCGGCGGUCUUGGUCAUCUAGCUAUCGAAUUCGCGGCCAAGAUGGGCUGCGAAGUAGUCGUCUUCAGCAGCACAGACAGUAAGAAGGAAGAAGCGAUGAGACUAGGGGCGACUGAAUUCGUCGCCACCAAAGACGCGAAAAAGCUAGAUGUGAAGCCACUCUCGCGUCUUGUAGUCACAACGAGCCAGAUGCCCGACUGGGAGCCUUACAUUCCCAUAUUGGCCCCAGGGGCGAAGAUAUUCCCACUCACAGUCUCGAUGGGAAACUUUGAGUUCCCGCAAAUGCCGAUGAUAACGCAGGGUAUCACUGUGCAAGGGACCGUGGUUGCUCCUCGAAGUGUGCAUAUGAAGAUGCUAGAUUUCUGCGCGAUGCACGGAAUUAAGCCUGUGACUCAGGAGUUUCCACUUACAAAGCCAGGGAUCGAAGAUGCGCUUGAGCAUUUGACCAGUGGUAAGAUGAGAUAUAGGGGUGUUCUGGUCGCACAAGGCUGA